ACUGCUCGGUGAGCGUGUGUGUGGAUUAUCUCCCAGACUCCUCGCGCCCUCUCACCGGAUCUCCUCGGUGAUCUCUGAACCGACUAAGCUCGUGACGUCACCGCCUUCCCUAGUAACCCUCCUCGGCGUCUUCGGAGGAAAACCAUCAACAUGGGUUUAUUAUCAAUUCUCCGAAAGCUGAAGAGUGCUCCAGACCAGGAGGUGCGCAUCCUGCUCCUGGGACUGGACAAUGGAGGAAAGACAACACUGCUCAAGCAGCUGGCUUCUGAGGACAUCAGUCACAUCACUCCUACACAGGGCUUCAACAUUAAGAGUGUACAAUCCCAGGGUUUCAAGUUAAAUGUAUGGGACAUCGGAGGCCAGAGAAAGAUCAGACCAUACUGGAGAAACUACUUUGAAAACACUGAUGUGCUUAUUUACGUCAUAGACAGCGCGGAUCGGAAGAGGUUCGAAGAAACAGGACAGGAACUAGCCGAGUUGCUGGAUGAGGAGAAACUUAGCGGUGUCCCUGUCCUUAUCUUUGCAAAUAAGCAAGACUUGCUCACCGCUGCUCCGGCUUCAGAGAUUGCAGAGGGUCUGAACCUGCACACCAUUCGAGAUCGCAUGUGGCAGAUCCAGUCCUGCUCUGCUCUCACAGGCGAGGGAGUCCAGGAUGGCAUGAAUUGGGUGUGCAAGAAUGUCACGGCAAAGAAGAAAUAGGAGUUUAAGCCAUCCAGGCACUGCGUGAAAAAGCAAACACUGUGGAACCUGUGGAAUCUUCACAAGCUGGACCAGGUUGUCGAGGAAUGAUCUCUGUAUUGUAGGCAGCUGAGGAUGCCUAGGACAAGACCUUUUAACCUCCCUGACGCUAGUAAACAUCCACCACCAUUGCGCUGCAGAUUCUUUGCCGCAGUCCUCCUGGAACAUCUGAUCUACUGUCACUUUACCGUUGAGUCUGAAGACUAACCAGUGCACCUAAAAUAACCACUACAUUUAACCCAACACACUGCAGCUAAUAAAACCCAGCACUCCCAGCAUUAGGUUUUGACAGGCUCAUCAUGGAUUUACACUGAGAUCCUCAUUGUUUCCUAGACACUCUGUGUUGUCUGAGCAGAGGCUUGUUACUUCAUGUAUUGCGGAUUGAUGAUGUGCUAUGAGCUAUCAGAAAUGUAUGUGCUUGUGUGUACAUGUAUGUGUGCACGUAGAAUGAGUGAAAACUAGUUUUAUAGACUGCAGGAGUGUUUCUGAACUGAUGUCAACGGGAUGUUGUUUGGCAUACGUACUUAUUUGCCCUGUCAGAGGGCACACACUUGAGUUUAUCCAUACACUGUUUUGUUUUUUUUAUGUCCUUUUAGAAGUUUGUUAGUUCUUUAUAUUAAAUCCUGCUUAUUUCUGUUUGUAAUGUGUCUGUUGUGUUGACUUCCAAAGAGCAUUUUGCUGGUUUGUACCAUAGUACCAAAAACAAAUCUGUACUCAUCUUUUAAUUUGGUUAAUGGCAAGCAUCAGGAUAAGCCAGAAUGUGGGAAGGACAGUCCCCUCUCAUUUAGGACAGGACUUGAAUGAAACUGACAGGUGCCCUUGUAACAGGUUUAGCAGGCUUAAGCAUCUGGUUGUGGCAGUGGAGAGGUGCUUUGUGUGUGAGUGUGUCCAGUCUGAUAACCACCAGAGAAAAGGAAGGAACUGACAUGUUGGUGGGGUUUUUUUUUUAGUUUGUCUGUUUGUGUUUUGGGACAGGGAUCAGUGAGUGUUUUACUUUGUGUACUUUAACAUUCCAUUCAUCAGGCCUCAGUACAUCAGAACCUGGUAAAGGUUUAUGACGGUACAAACAUACAUAUCCUGUUACUGUACAUUGUUUUCCUUUAUUCUUUCAAAUACUCCAUUGUAAAUGAUUGUAAUGAAAAUCCAUUGUAAAUGAUUAUGAUUGCUGAUGAUUUUACAGAAUAUUUUAUGAAACACUUUCUAGAGGAUAGUCAUGUCAGCAUAAUAAACAGAUUGAAACACCAACA